ACUAGUACUGAAAUAGGAUUAAAUGUUGUAAUCGAAUUAUUGAAAAAAACAGAUAAAUAUAUAGUAGAAGAAAGUUUUGAUUGUGCUUGGAGUCAUGUUUAUGAAGCUUCACAAGCAAGUGAAGAGCUUAUAUUUAAUGAAUAUUUAGAAGAUAAUUAA